UUCUUGUAAAGGCGUUUCACUGCAACUACUCUCCCAUCCCGGAGCUUUCCUGAAUGACAGAAAGGAAGAAUUGGAAUUGCUAAGUUAAUAGGAGAAGUUAUCUAUUAUGGAAUAAAGUUGAACGGAGCUCCUGUCGCAUGCAAUUAGGCAUGCUAAUGAGAAGUGAUUAGAUGGGAAAUUUAUUAACCACAAGGGAGUUGUGCAAAUAUAUUCUCCUACCUUUGUAAACAGUUCCAAAACCACCAUCACCAAGUUCCCUUGUGGCGCUAAAUCCAGCAGUAGCCUCUUCAAGUUCCUCGUAAGUGAAGAUAUGGGGAGAACCACCCAACUCAAGGUAUUUGCUGUAUGAUUGCAUUGAAGAUGAACUACGCAUGAGAUCUUUCAAAUCUCGGGUUUGUUUCUCUUCUUGCGCUUGUGCCAAUCAAAAAUGAAGAUGCAUAUAAUAAACAAUGUUCCUCCACCUGCUCCAACUCCUGCCAAUAACAAAUAGACAACAUUAGCAAUUUAUUUAUGCCGAUCAGAUCUGAAACAUUUUAUCUUCCUAAUUUUAGUUUUAAUGGUUGGGGAAGACCCUGAAACAAGAAUGAAGGGACAAGAAGGGCACUUGAGGUUGGUAUUUACCUAUUGCAAUUUUCUUUAGAUUGCUUCUUGCACCUGCAGAAGACAAACUUUUAGUAGCCUGCACUUAAUAUCAUGAACAAAUAGAAUAAUCAUUCAAAAUAUAGUAGUGACAAUUCGCCAACUUUGGUAUAUAGAUGAGAACUUAAUCUCCCUCACAAGUCAUAACACUCAGAAAGUAUAUUAGAUAGUCCGGUGAUCUUCAUUACUUCAAACAAGACAAUCAAAUGAACACACUGAUUAAGGCUUAGAAAAUGAAAGGGUAUUUAUUGUCAAUCAGAUGAACAAUUUCGUCAGUCUGCAAUCAGCAGGACAAAAACAAGAACAGGGUAUUGGUAUGGCAUCUUUAUCAGACAGUGUAGUUGAAUGCUUCUAACUACACGUUACACGUUUGACUAGGAGUACAUAAGAUGCCAAUGUCUCCAUCAGUGAAAUAAUUGUUUGAGGAACUAACAACAAAAAACCACAGGAACUUGAAGCAAAGACUCAUAAUUCAAAACACAAUAUCAAUAUCCACUCUGUUCCGAACACUGCUAUGACCAUGGCGGGGUUUAGUUUCUUUUCUUGAUAGCCAACUCUACGUCACGUGCAAUAUUAUAGCAGUUUAUCUAGUGGACAUUAAGCCGCAGAUUAGCAUGGAAAUAUUCUUAUAUGACAGAAUGAUGCCUCGUUCAUUUUUUAAAAAAAAAGCUAUCUACAAGAUGGGCACUUUGGAUGCAUUGAAUCCGUUAGUAGGGUCUGCGCAGCAUGUUCAGGAAACUCUAUUUAAUACAAAUCGACUGGGUAAGUUUACCGUGAUAUUUUGAUUUCACAAACUCACCACACUUCUCAGGGUGCAGCCCGUCGGUGCAAUUGCAGGCGAAUCGCAGGCCGUCGCCAUAUGUGCAUUGCCCUCCGCUUGCUACGCAUUUGGGGCAAUCACCUGAUGCCCCCGCCCAAUCCAGGAGAAAACCACUCAUGCUGGCAACGUAACCAUCUCUACUCCCAUUGGGAUGCUCAAGGAUCGGCACCAUCUCUACUCUACGUUUGAUAUGACAAAUCACAUCAUAUAGAAAAUAGAAGUGGGGUUUGUGUGGAUAUGAAGGAAUAAAUGGCCAUCUUAAGAGAAUUUGGAACGAUAGAGGGCAUGGAAAACCUGCUACCUGAAGAUGUGCUCAGCAACAUCAUCCACCGUCUUGCACCACGCUACCUUGCCAUAUCCCGCUGCGUCUGCAAGACCUGGUGUACCAUCAUCGAGGCCCACAACCUGCUGCAUGUGGACCUCCUCCCACGGCCGUUGUGUGGAAUCUUCAUUAACUUUAAUGAGUUAAGCAUGUCAGAGUUCUUCUCCCGCCCCUCAAAAGGCCCAACGGUAUCUGGCAACUUUGACUAUUUGCCUUGCAGCUCCUGCAUUAUAGACCACUGCAAUGGGCUUCUCUUGUUUCACAAGUAUGUGGUUAACCCAGCCACACGACAGUCGGCGCCACUGCCCCCAUGCCCAUAUAUGGUCGUAGAGCACAUUUUCCACAGGGAGUACCUUGUCUUCGACCCCACGUUGUCACCGCAUUUUGAGGUAUUCAUGAUCCCUGAGAUCCGACGAUCCAAUGUGUGGUAUAACAUGUUGAAUUCAGAUGACAAGUUAGACCCUGCAAUAGAGGAAUUAGAAUGGCCACCGUCGCCUUGCAUCCUGCAUGUGUUCUCAUCAAGGACAAAGGUGUGGGAGGAGAGGUCAUUUGUUCGAGAAGGGGAGGCUGCAGGGAAUGUUUCUGACAUGCGGUUGGAUCACCCAUAUGUUCCAGACACUUCUGUUUAUGUUCCAGACACUUCUGUUUAUUGCCGGGGAGUACUUUAUGUAUAUUGCCAAAACAAGUAUGUUAUGAGAAUAUCAUUAUCCAAUGGGAAAUAUCAAGUAAUCAAGCCACCUUCAGAUUGUGAGGGGAUGGCAUACACAAAUCUUUAUUUGGGAAAAUCAAUGAAAGGGGUGUACUGUGCUGUGCGUCACUUGGCAUCCCGUUUUUUGAUCUAUAUUCUUGAUGAAUCGAGUGACAGAAUGGAGUGGGUAUGCAAGGAUUCGUGUAGUAUUCAGCCAUGUCAAAUAAUUGACGGGCCUGGACCCUGGACUUUACAAGAUAUUAACAAUCAGGAGCGGGGAUUUGAGUAUGAAGACGGUAACAAUGAGGCAGUGGUAGAGGACAGGUUUGAAUGGGACUCAGACAAUGAUAAUGUUAUUGAGACCAACAGCAGGGGAUCUGGUGGUUAUAUUAAUUUUCUUGUUGACACUACAAGGAGGGGCAGAUAUAACUCUGGUGGUUAUAUUGAUUUUCUUGGAUUUCACCCUUACAAGGAGGUUAUCUUCUUGAGUGAUUCGUUGAGAAGAGGAUUGGCCUACCACUUAAAUAGCUCAAAGAUUCAAGACUUGGGCAGCCUCCGUCCAACAAAUUAUGGAACAGAGGUGGGCAUUCAGCCAUUUAUACAAAAGUUUUUUCCAUACUCACCUUGGAUGGGACGGUUUCCAGAAGACAAUUAAUUUCAUCUGGAAGAUUACGAUGUAUUGCAUAUGAAGCAUUGGUGCUCAGGACAAGCUGUGAGGUGCAACUUGAGAGUUCGUACCAGCUGAGUUUCUCAAGUUGUUCAUUCUAUCCAGUAAGAAAUUAUUUGAUGUUAGACUACAGGACAUGGGACCUGUCUGCUGUUACUGUUGCAUGAGCUCCUGCCAUUUUCUGCUUCCGUAUGCUUGCUACAAUGGAAGUUUAGAUGUUACAAAUCAACAAUUAUGGUCAGUCUCAUGAAGAAGAACGUCCCAUUCAUGAUGGGCGAUAAGUCCCAUACUCAAUGUUGGAGGCAUGCCAUGAAGCCCUUCGGCCGGACCUGCCGAAACCAUAGUACCAUCAAGGAUUCAAGCCAAAGCCGUCAAGACCACUUGGGCGAAACCCUAUGGCGAAAGCCAUAAGCGAAGGUGGCGAAGACUGUAAAGCCGUCAAGACCAGUUGGGCGAAGCCCUAUGGCGAAAGCCAUAAGCGAAGAUGGAAAGCCGCGUCGGUACCCCGCAAGUAAAGGCUUCUCGGGCGAAGGCAUCUCGGGCGAAGGGCGUAUGACGAACCACAAAGACUUUGCCAUGACGAGUUCGGCAUCAAGGAGGCCCAACAGGCGGCCCCCGACCUUUAAGGCCCCUUCGCCAAGAGGCCCAUAUAUGCAAAUGACACUGCGUACCCAUGUAAAUGUCCCUUUUAUAAGGGCAACCAUGUAAAAUCCCCUGUAAACCUAAACCUAGAAGGUGUAAGCCUGUGCUAAGGCUAUAAAUAGACCCACAGGGCCAUGUAGUGGGGGGAUCCCAAAAAUUUUAUCAAUCAAUACAUUUAUUGCUUUUCCAA